GGGUGUGUUCCCUUUUUGCCGGCGUUACAACCAUCCAUGACGUCAUAACAGUUCACUGCCGCAACGUUCCGAAAUUACUUUGGCACUGUCAGUAGCAUUAUGAUUUUAUAUUUCGGAACGACUUUGCAGUAAUUAUAGUGCAAUUCUAUUUUAUUGCACGACGCCAUGUUGCACUGUAACUGCUUCACCUCGGGAGCUGCAGUAACCGCAGUAGCAAUAUGGCUACCAUUUAUGACGUCAUUGAUGGAACUAGAUGCUGUCGCAGCACACUGCGUGCUAAUAGCGGAACAAUUUUUCAGCACUGCCAGUACUGGCAGUGUAUAUCGGAACACACCCUGUGUAUGACAGUUUGACUAUACUUUAGUAGUAUAGCUAGCAUUGGAGCGCCGGAGUCAGAGCUGAUCAGAUAUCGUUUCAGUAUGUUUUACAAUUGGAGUUCGGUAGUAGAGUAGUAACAGAGGGGGUAGAAAAAGUGAACAUUUAUGUUUUCUAUAAAGUGUACAGUUUAAUACUAUUUGCUUAUCACCAUGGGAGUACUCACCUCCAUGAAACAAUCAUCAGUGAUACAUCUUAUGUUUGCUAUUACAUUUUUUACAUCUGGCUUGAUAAUAAAUUUCUUCCAAUGCGUUUUAUAUUUUGGACUAAGGCCCUUUUCCAAGUAUCUGUAUCGCAAGAUUAAUUAUUAUCUCUGUUAUUCCUUCUAUUGUCAGUUAGUAUUUAUGGCAGAAUGGUGGGCAGGAUCAGACCUGAUAUUGUACAUAGAUAAGAAGGAUUUUGACAAAUAUUUCGGCAAUGAACAUGGCUACCUCUUAAUGAAUCAUAGUUAUGAAACUGAUUGGUUGAUAGGUUGGCUAUUGUGCGAUCGCGUGAGAUUACUAGGCAAUUGCAAAGCAUAUGCUAAGAAAUCGAUACAAUAUAUUCCAACGUUGGGAUGGGCAUGGAAAUUUGCUGAGAGCAUCUUUCUUGAGAGGAGUUGGGAGAAAGACAAGGAAAACAUUAAGAAUCAAAUUAAGGAGUUGGUCGAAUAUCCUGACACGAUGUGGCUUUUGCUCUAUCCCGAGGGUACGCGCUUUACAUCAAAAAAAUUAGAAGCCAGUCAAAAAUUCGCCAUUGAAAAAGGUCUACCAGUAUUAAAAUAUCACUUAACACCACGUACAAAAGGCUUUACUGCCAGCAUUCCGCACAUGAGAGGCAAAGCAACAGCCAUCUAUGAUAUUCAAAUAGCAUUCAAACCAUCUGAUUCAAUAAAACCGACCAUGAAGAACCUCCUUUUAGGAAAAUCACUGGAGGGUCAUAUGUAUGCCAAAAGAAUUCCCAUUGAAGAAGUGCCAGAAGGAGAAGAGGCUGCUGCUGAAUGGCUGCACAAGCUUUAUCAGCAAAAAGAUCGUAUGACAGAGAGUUUUUAUAAGACCGGCGAUUUUUUUGCCACGAGCGGAGUACCUAGGACAGACUCGUUCAUGCUGAAAAGGAGAUAUUAUUCCCUCAUUAACACUAUAUUCUGGGCGAUAGUUGUUCUUGUACCAAUGUUGUAUUACCUUCUAAGGCUUCUUCUAUCUGGGUCGAUUAUCUAUUUUCUCAUCGGAAUUGCAAUUAUCUUUUUAUUUUAUCUGCUAAUGUACAAAACGCUCGGAAUGUCAGAAAUAAGUAAGGGCUCGUCAUAUGGCGCGGCAGAUGCGAAAAAGGAUAAAUAAUUUGGAAGCAAUUACUAACGAAGAACGACUCCUGAAAAGAAGUAUCAAAGGAAUCAGGAAGAUUUUCAAGUGGUUUAGAGAAAAAAGAAAGAAAUUAUAAGAGAAGGCAGAUAUGUAUACAUUUGAUUUAUACUUCCAUGUAAUUCAUUCAGUGACAAAUUCUUUGUAUAAUUUAAUAUGUAACACAUAUACACACAGAUUUACAUGUACAUUAAGUGUAUAUACAUAUGCGCGUGUACGCGUAUGUACAAGUGUAUGGGACAUAUGUGUGUACAUAUAUGUGCGGAUGUGCAUGCACUAAUAUACAGGAUAUUCGGUAAUAAUCGUAUCAUCUGUCAUAUAGGUAGAAUGAGUUAAUAAACCGCAUAGGAAAGUCUUCUACCGUUUUUCGAUUUUCGCAA